CUCUCUCUCUCUCGAUUCUCGCUGCACUCGAGUGACAGAUAAACGAGCCGUAAAAUGCGGCAGCCGUUGCAUUUAUAUUAUUAUAUACACGAAUGUAACUCUCGCAUCGGCGCCAAAUCGGCGCUUCUACUGCUACUGCUGCUCGUCUCCCAUGUGAGAUCCGAUGCAGCCCGCAGCAGCAGCAGCAGCGGUAGCAGUGCCAGCAGUGCCAAAUCGUCCUCCAGCUCCAGCAAGACAGCCCUACCCGUGGGUGCCAAGCUAAAGCCCAAAACGACGGCCUCUAAAAGCAGCAACAGCAGCGAUCAGUCCACGGCCGAGUCGCAGUUCUGGACGCCGUCGAUCAAGACCGCCGGCAAUCCGCUGUUCGGCCAGGUGACCGCCGACGACCAGUCGGCCCGCUACUUCUCGGCCAGCCACGGCCUGGUCCAGACCCACCCGGACUCGGCCAUCUUCCAGGCGGGCUUCGGCGGCAUCGACAAUCUCGGCGGUCGCUGGGGCUCGACCGCCCGGCCGCCCGCCAGCUCACUGCGCUCGCGACCCCUGGACUACAGCGAACGUGCCACCGCCGAGCUGCGCCGUAAUCCGUCGCUCUCGGCGCCCGACGAGUGCGCCCGCGCCUGUCGCGAGGGCGAGCCCCCCCGCAUCUGUUACUAUCACUUCACCCUGGAGUUUUACACGGUGCUCGGUGCGGCCUGCCAGGUGUGCACGCCCAACGCCACCAACACCGUGUGGAGCCACUGCCAGUGCGUGCUGGCUGACGGCGUAGAGCGCGGCAUCCUCACGGCCAACCGAAUGAUCCCCGGCCCGAGCAUACAGGUGUGCGAGGGCGAUCGAGUGGUCAUCGACGUGGAGAAUCACAUGGAGGGCCAGGAGGUCACGCUCCACUGGCACGGCGUCUGGCAGAAGGGCUCGCAGUACUACGACGGCGUGCCCUUCGUCACCCAGUGCCCGAUCACGGCCGGCACGUCGUUCCGCUACCAGUGGACGGCCGGCAACGCGGGCACCCACUUCUGGCACGCUCACACGGGUCUGCAGAAGAUCGACGGCCUGUACGGCAGCGUGAUAGUGCGCCAGCCGCCGAGCAAGGACCCGAACAGCAAGCUCUACGACUACGACCUGACGACCCACGUGGUGCUCAUCAGCGACUGGAUGCACGAGGACGCCGCCGAGCGUUUCCCCGGUAGGCUGGCCGUGAACGUCGGCCAGGACCCCGAGACCGUGCUGAUCAACGGCAAGGGUCAGUUCCGCGACCCCAACACGGGCUUCGUCACCAACACGCCCCUCGAGGUGUUCACCAUCACGCCGGGUCGUCGCUAUCGUUUCCGCCUGAUCAACGCGUUCGCCUCGGUCUGUCCGGCUCAGAUCACCUUCCAGAGCCACGAUCUCACCAUCAUCGCCACCGACGGUGAACCGGUGCAGCCGGUCAACGUCAACACCAUCAUCUCGUUCUCGGGCGAGCGCUACGACUUCGUCGUCACGGCCAAUCAGCCGGUGGGCGCCUACUGGAUACAGCUGCGCGGCCUCGGCGAGUGCGGCAUCAAGCGCGCCCAGCAGCUCGGCAUACUGCGCUACGCGCGCGGACCCUAUCAGCCGGCCGCCCGGCCGCCGACCUACGACGUGGGUCUGCCCCAGGGCGUGGUGCUCAAUCCCCUCGACGCCAUCUGCAACAGGCCGCGCGACGACGCCGUCUGCGUCAGUCAGCUGAAGAACGCCGGCCACGUGGACGAGGGACUGCUGCAGGAGCGGCCCGACGUCAAGAUCUUCCUGCCGUUCCGCUUCCUCGGCUACAGGCCCGAGGAGGUGUUCCAGCCCAACACGUACAAUCGCUAUCUCGUGGCGCCCACGGGCGAUCACGUCAUCUCCCUUGUGGACGAGAUCUCGUUCACGUUCCCGCCGUCGCCGCCGCUCUCCCAGAUCCAGGACAUACCGCCCGAGCAGUUCUGCAACGGCGACAAUCGGCCCGCCGACUGCGGCGCCAACUGCAUGUGCACGCACAAGGUCGACGUGCCGCUCAACGCCGUCGUCGAGGUCGUCCUCGUCGACGAGGUCCAGCAGCCGAAUCUCUCCCAUCCGUUCCAUCUGCACGGCUACUCGUUCAAGGUCGUCGGCAUUGGCCGCUCGCCCGACAAGAACGUCAAGAAGAUCAAUCUCAAGCACGCCAUCGAUCUGGACAGGCGCGGACUGCUUCACCGAGAGUUCAAUCUGCCGCCGAGCAAGGACACGAUCGCCGUGCCGAACAACGGCUACGUGGUGUUCCGCUUCCGCGCCGACAAUCCCGGCUACUGGCUCUUCCAUUGCCACUUCCUCUUUCACAUAGUCAUCGGCAUGAAUCUCAUACUGCACGUGGGCACUCACGGCGAUCUGCCGCCGAUCCCGCCGAACUUCCCGCGCUGCGGCGAUCAUCUGCCGCCCAUACAGGCGCCCCUGCCGCUCAGUCCUUAUCACUGAUCGUCCGCCA